AUGGCAAGCAGAAACGCAAAUUCACGUGAUACCAUACUUAUGUAUGAUAAUAGAGACACGCAAAGUCAGUGGUCUGUGGUGGUAUCAACCAGUCAUAUUCCGGGUAUGGACAACGCAGCAGGAUCGGGCUCUCACGGAACAGCUGGAAGACAUCGGUUGCGAUGCGCGUCGCUAGUAUUAGGAGCCUUCCUCACUAUGCACUGCAGGGUCGCUGCAUCAGCACUCACUGGAGGGUUUUUUCUGUUCAUAAUGUUUCUCGUGGCUGCAACUGCGGGUUUGGCGAAUCCUUUACGACAUUUUGAAGUGUAUCUCGGACAGUGGAGCAUCAGUGGGCCGGGACGCGCGUUUCGGAUAUUGCCAAUACUUGAUGGACUCGGAAUAGCGAUUUGUCUAAAUACUCUAGUGCGUGCAAUAAAUUGUUGUACAAUUGCUGCGAUAUCAACUAUAUAUGUCGUGUAUUCGAUUUCCGAUUCCAAGUUACCGUUUACACAUUGCAGGGACUUCGAUUUGAAACCGUACGAUCCUAUUCUUAAAGAUGUCUCAAGCGUGAGUUCAAAAGAGUCUAGAUUCUCCCUUUCUAUUGGCGAAUUUGAUGAGGAUUAUAAUGAAAAAUAUAUUGAUGACAUGCACACCAGUGAGUUUGGGUGGAGAAAUUUUUCAGUUUUAAGAUUCGGAUUCCCAAAGCACUACAGAAAAGAAACGUAUAAAAUACAAAUGUGUAAUGAGAAAUACGGUUCUGGAUAUCCAACUUUAUACAGCACUCCGGCUUAUAACUUUUUCUAUGUGGAAGUCGUGUCUUACCGAACAGAUUAUAAUUUUGGACAGUUUAAUAUGCCUCUAGUCUUAAGUUUAAUAUUUAUCUGGACAAUAAUGUGGGCGUUGUUGAUUGCGGAACGUGUUUCUCAUGGACGAUUAAUCUGGAACAACGUGUACACAUGGCUCCUGGCUAUUCCUUGGAUCUGGAGUGUAUUGUUGGUCAUCACCGCUUUCAUUCAUUUGGUUUCAAUGCCGAAAUCAUUGCGCAAAGUCUACAGAAUUGGCGUGAAAGAAAUAAUGGCUGGUAUUGCAGAUGCCCUGGAAAUUGCACUUUACAUUCACUCUGCAAGUUCUGGAACAGAAUUAAUUCACGGGAAAGGACUUAAUCAUUACGCAAACGGCCAUAUUGAUCCACAUUUAAACGGUGAGAAUGUGUGGCAUAGCGGACUUUUACUUCUUCUAACAGGAUUGAAUACGGGUGGGGCCGCCCUAUGUGCACUCGUGGACUAUAUACAGCCUAAUACUAAAGCUGUCUACAAUAUGUACGAGAGUACUUUAUGGAUAAUACCAAUGUAUUCUAAAUGCGUAUCAAUUAAUAACUAUUCGCAUUUUAUGUCUACGGUGGUGUUUAGUGGUCUUGCAAUAUCAUAUAUGACGGUUGCCUACUUAUCACUAAAAACAGCUCUGCAUACAAUCUUUGAAUAUAAAGUGAAAUUGGUAUUUGCUGAGCAAGUGGUUGUAGCUGCGCUUAUUUUGUGUUGUAUGAGUCUUAGCUUGUUGUAUGCUACCACGGGUGGCAUAGCGCUGCUGGAAAGCGUAGAUUCAAUUAUGACUGGAUUAACGAUGCCACUAAUUUGUUUAUUCGAGUUAGUGGCAAUGAUUUAUGUGUAUCGGAGCCAUGAUUUUAUUUCGGAUAUGAAUAUUGCAACUGAAGAGAACGCGUGUUCCAAUAGAAUCGAUGCCCAAUGGCAAAUUAUACCAUUCAUCACAUUUGUUGUGUUGGUGAUGAAAGCCACGGCAUUAACUUCAGCUGAGAUGCCACAGGUCUUCAUGUAUCUUGCUCUGGCACCACUUAUUGGAGUCAUUCUGUGUCUGCCAAUAAGAGCCGGCGUAAACGCGUACAAAUUUUAUAAAUCACAAAAUGUUCGAUAG